GUAUGAUAGUAUAUUUUUUUCUUUUUUUCUUUCUUUUUUUUAAACCAAUGCACAAAGUAAGCUGUCACUGUGUCCUAUUCACCAGUUUAGGAAAUUGAUUGGUGGGUUGAGUUUGUGAGAACAUACCAAAGAUGAACAAUAACAAGAGAAAAAGGAGUGAAGAUAUCUACACACUACACAGUGACGGCAUCCCCGCUGACACGCUCAAUAAGGUGAAAACUUACCUGAACCAGUUCACUUUGUCUCUGGAGGUCCUACAGAAAGUUUCGGCUCGACUGGAACGAGAACUGAAGCGAGGCUUGGGAAAACACUCCCAUCACAAGGCAUCCGUCCAGAUGUUGCCCACUUUCGUCACGGCAACGCCAGAUGGAACAGAAAAAGGCGACUUCUUGGCUUUAGAUCUUGGCGGGACAAACUUCCGGGUGCUCCAUGUACGAGUGGUGGAGGAGGAGCAGAAGAUGCUAAAGAUGGACAGUCAGAUCUGCGCCAUCCCUAAGGAGAUGAUGCUGGGAAGCGGUGAACAGUUGUUUGACCACAUCGCCACCUGUCUAUGUGAAUUUCUGGCCUCAAAGAAUCUGAAAGGGAGACGUCUCCCUCUCGGCUUCACCUUCUCCUUCCCCUGCGAUCAGAAGAAUAUUGACAAGUGCAUUUUGAUUCGUUGGACCAAAGGCUUCCGGUGCUCUGGAGUGGUUGGAAAAGAUGUAGCAGGGCUACUGAAAGAAGCCAUACACAGAAGAAAGGAUGAUGAGGAUAUCGGUUCCAUAGCUAUGGUAAACGACACUGUGGGCACCAUGAUGAGCUGCGGCUUCAAGGACCAAAGCUGCGAGAUUGGCAUGAUCAUCGGCACGGGUACCAACGCGUGCUACAUGGAGGAGACUAAGAACGUGAAGCGCAUCGAGAGCUCGGACGGACGCAUGUGCAUCAACACCGAGUGGGGGGGCUUCGGAGAUAACGGCUCACUCAAAGACAUCCAGACGGAGUUUGACGUCAUUGUAGACAAGACUUCCAUCAACCCCGGCAUCCACACCUUUGAGAAGAUGAUCAGCGGCAUGUAUUUGGGGGAGAUUGUGCGUCUGCUGCUGGUGAAGAUGACUAAGGACCAUUUGCUGUUCAAGGGACAGACAUCGGAAGCGCUGUUGACACCGGGCAGCUUUGAGACAAAAUACAUCUCGGACAUUGAAGAGGAGGACGUCGGUCUGCAGAACGGAAGCAGAAUUCUGACCAAGUUGGGUCUGACAUGGGACCCGAUUGACGUCCGCGUGGUGCGUCUGGUCUGCGACACCAUCUCCUCGCGCUCGGCUUGCCUCUGCGCCGCAGCCCUGGCAACCCUCGUCAACCGUAUUCGGGUCAACCGUGGCCUGGACCACCUCAAAACAACUGUGGGGAUUGAUGGGACCGUUUACAGAAAACACCCCAAUUUCAGUGAGGAGCUCCAGGCCACAGUCAGCCUCCUGGCCCCCAAGUGUGACAUCACCUACCUUCUCUCGGAGGAUGGCAGCGGGAAAGGUGCUGCCAUGGUAACGGCCGUGGCGCAGAGGCUAGCUCGCCAGUCCCGACUGUUAGAGGAGAGUGACGGCGAGGACAGCGACGAGGAGGACGAAGACUGAUGAGGGCAGACACGCAAAACACUUUGCACCACAUUAAAUAGGUUCAUAUAUUCUGUUUCAAAUUGGCUGGGAAUAAAGGAAAUUCCGACUCAAAGGACUAAAUUUACUUACUUUAGAGAUGAUUUAUUUUGACGAAAACAUUUGAAUUUAUUCAGAAAAACUAUGAAUCCUUAAUAUAAUACAACGAAUUAAAUAGGCAAUUUUUUUUAUUCCAUCCAAUAUUUUACUCAACUCAAAGAAUAUCUGUCAAAGGGGGUAGGAAAAACAUUCUCUUUUUAAACAUCUUUCUACAGGACUACUGAAAUGAGAUUUUCUUAUUUAAACGGGGAUAGCAGGUCCAUUCUAUGUGUCAUACUUGAUCAUUUCGCGAUAUUGCCAUAUUUUUGUUGAAAGGAUUUAGUAGAGAACAACGACGAUAAAGUUCACAACUUUUGGUCGCUAAUAAAAAAGCUUUGCCUGUGCCGGAAGUAGCAGACGAUAUGCGCAUGACGUCACGGGUUUUGGAGCUCCUCACAUCUGAAAAUUGUUUACAAUCAUAGCCACCAGCAGCGAGAGCGAUGCGGACUGAGAAAGCGACAAUUUCCCCAUAAAUUUGAGCGAGGAUGAAAGAUUUGUGGAUGAGAAAAGUCAGAGUGAAGGACUAGAAAAAAAAGACGAGGGCAGUGGGAGCUAUUCAGAUGUUAUUUGACACUUUUACUAGGAUAAUUCUGGAAAAUCCCUUGUUACUAGUGUUUUAGUGAGAUUAUAUGGUCGUACCUGUACAACCUGAAGGUCGGCCCCGCACCUUUCUUCAGCACCAGUCAACGGGUGGUGGCGAUGCCCAUCUCUGCCCUUUGCAAGGGACCCUCUUCGAAACACGAUCUUUUGAAAUGAUCGCUGCAUAAUACACUGUACUUUGGGUGUGUGGUCCAAUCCAACCGUGUUCGCUUGACAUCUCUGUUCCAUAGUAAAGCUUGACUGUCAUCUUUCGGGAAUGUAAACAAUGAAACACCGGCUGCGUUUGUGUUGCUAAAGCUGGCGGCAAUACACCGCAUCUCACCUACAGCUUUCUUCUUUGAUGUCUCCAUUGUCCAUUGAACAAAUUGCGAUUGAUUUGAAUAGGCUAUUUUUAUUUAUUCCAACCAAUAUUUUACUCAAUUCAAAUAUCUGUCAAAGGGGGUAGGAAAAACAUUCUCUUUUUAAAAAUCUUUCUAAGGGAAAGUUUAGCUUUGUGGUGCAUGCUUUUGCCUCCUUCUGGCCUCAAAUGGUAACUGUAGCUUCAUGUGCAGUCUUAUCAAUUGGUGCUGCACAAUCAUCCAUCCAUUCAUUUUCUUCCGCUUAUCCGAGGUCGGUUUGCGGGGGCAGCAGCCUAAUUAGAGAAGCCCGGACUUCCCUCUCCCCAGCCAAUUUGUCCAGUUCCUCCCGGGGGAUCCCAAGGCGUUCCCAGGCCAGCCGAGAGACCUAGUCUUCCCAAUGUGUCCUGGGUCUUACCCGUGGUCUCCUACCAGUCGGACGUGCUCUAAACACCUCGCCGGGAGGCAUCCGGGUGGCAUCCUGACCAGAUGCCCGAACCACCUCAUCUGGCUCCUCUCGAUGUGGAGGAGCAGUGGCUUUACUUUGAGCUCCUCCCGGAUGACAGAUCUCCUCACCCUAUUUCUAAGGGAGAACCCCGCUACCCAGUAGAGGAAACUAAUUUUGUACGCUUGUACCUGUUAUCUUGUCCUUUCGGUCAUAACCCAAAACUCAUGACCAGAGGUGAGGAUGGGAACUUAAAUCGACCGGUAAAUUGAGAGCUUUGCCUUCCGGCUCAGCUCCGUCUUCACCACAACGGAUCAAUACAGUUUCUGCAUUAAUAAAGACGCUGCACCGAUCUGUCUGUCGAUCUUACGAUCCACUCUUACCUCACUUGUGAACAAGACUCUAAUGUACUUGAACACCUCCACCUGGGGAAAGAUUUCUUCCCCAACCCAGAGAUGACACUCCACCCUUUUCCGGGUGAGUACCUUGGACUCGAACGUGGAGGUGCUGAUUCUCUUCCCAGUCGCUUCACACUCGGCUGCGAAACGAUCCAGUGAGAGCUGAAUAUCCUGGCCCUAUAAGCAGUCAGGACCACAUUAUCUGCAAAAAACAGAGACUUAAUUUUGCAGCCACAAAAAAGGAUCCCCUCAACGCCCUGACUGCGCCAUAAAAGUUAUGAAUAGAAUCGGUGACAAAGGGCAGCCCUGCUGGAGUCCAACCCUCCGCAGUGCGGAACAAGCUCUGACACUGAUCAUACAGGGACUGGGCCGCUACAAUCAGACAGUCUGAUACCCCAUACUCUCUGAGCACUCCCCACAGGACUUGCUGAGGGACACGGUCGAAUGCCUUCUCCAAGUCCACAAAACACAUGUAAACUGGGGAAACUCCAACGCACCCUCAAGCACCCUGCCGAGAGUAUAGAGCGUGUCCAAAGUUCCACGAACAGGACGAAAACCACACUCCUCCUUUUGAAUGCAAGGUUCGACUAUCCGACGUAGCCUUUUCUUCCCCAACCCCAGCGAGGUGACGUUCCACGUCCCAAGAGCUAGUUUAUGUAGUCGAGGAUCAGACCGCCAAGUGCCCUGCCUUCGGCUGUCGCCUAGCUCAUGCUGCACCCGACCUCUAUGGCUGCUCCCUUAAGUUGUGAGCCCAAUGGCCGGGGAACACACAUUGCCUCUUCGGGCUGUGCCUGAGCCCCAUAGGGACAGGCCCGGCUACCCGGUGCUCACUAUUGUGACCUACCUCCGGGCCUGGCUCCAAAGAGGGGCCUGUGUGAGCCCUGUCCGAGCAAGGGAAAUCUGAGUCCUUGUUUUUUAAUUUCCUUAAAAAUAUUCGAGCUGCACAACUUUAUCCAAGCAAUUCUAUUUGUAUAUUUUAUAGGGGAAUACAUUUCACAAAACACUUAAUUUCAGUCAGCGUUUGCGUCACAAAGGUUGUUGAUGUGAGCUUUUAUUCCCUUCAUUCCUUACAUUAAUGGAUUUCUGUAUGUUUUGGUACCAUGAGAGAGAAAUCCAUCCGUUGGUGUGAUAAUGAUGAUGAAUGAGUGAAUAUCACAUUUGAAGUGAAACCAUUUUCAAAGGAAUUCUUCUCAAAGAAAAUAAAGGUGAAAAUGAUCCGUUCCAGGGUCAAACUAUUUUAUUUUUUUAAUCUAUGGGCAAUGUUCUCAUUUUUUGGCGGGGUGUUCCCAAGAUGGUGCUGCUGUAGUGGCUGCUGGUUGCAGGAGCUCUGUGUUCUUGUGUAUCCUCCUUUUGUUUUCGGGACUACGCAACAAGGGGUGGCACUCUUGUGAUUUUUGCGGUGCUUUUUGUGAACUUUUUGAUCUGCGUCACUCCAGACGACUUUGCACUCAUCCGCACAGACUGGAAAUUGGCCGAGAGCUAGUGUGCGGCCUAGGACAGAGUCGGUUCUCUUGGUUGCUUUGUUGGGUCUGCAGACGAUGGCGUGGAGCACUGCAGAGGCCAUAGCUGUGUAUGUGGGGGUUGAAAUUGUGUUUUUGUUAUGCGUUGUUGGUCGUCUAUGCAUGGUGCAAUCGUAUGUGCAAAUGUUUUCGUUGUUUUGGGGUUUUUUUAGAAGCUGUACGUAGAAGUGGCAGCUGGUUGCAACAGCUUUGUGCUCUUAAUGUAUUUGAAGUCCUUUGUAUUCUUUGAUGUUUCCCUCUAGUUUUCAUGUUUUUAACCUUAUUUUUGUGGACGUUUUCUGUAUUCGCACUGCAACCAUAUAAUUUCCCUAUUCUGGGAUGAAUAAAGUAUACCUUAGCCACUCAUAAUCUAACAUAAUAUCAGGCAGACAAUCACAUUAAUCGUAUAUUUACUCAAUUUAUUCUGACCAUACAUGCUACUAUACCUUAGCAGCGGAUGGUCACAUGACACACUGCACCGUUUUCUAUAUCAGUUGUCAGGUCAAUGCAAACGGCAGUUUAACGAUGUGCCCGCUGGCAAAUUUCACUUCAAAAUACACCAAGAUGGGAUUUUAGAUAAAACUUGUUAUCAUGUUGUGAGCAAAUAAAUGAUGUGCACUUGAGUGAAGCAUUCAAAAGUGUGCCUGUUUGACAUUCUUGACAAUAAAAUUACAUUUGCAUCCAAA